GUUGUGCAUAAGGUCUUGCUUCGAACCGUGGAUUGAGCGUGGGAAAUCAUGGAAGAGCCGGGAUUGAGUUUCUUUUCCCAGAUCGAACCUGACAGGCAGUAAUUGGCGUCAAAGUCUAUUUCUGGUUAACUUCUGGGCAUGGGAUGGAGAUAAAUGGGAUUGUCUCAUUUGUUGCGAUUAGGUUAUGGCUAGUUUUGCCAUGGUUCCUUCGAAGGAUGCUGCGUUGGUGCUGUCAAACAAGUUUCAGUGCAGUUGGUUUGCUGUGGCUGCUCUCUCCGUCACCCAACCUUAUUGGAUUGACAAUGAUGGCCUUAUUUUCGACCUCUUAGUGGAAGGGAAGAGGAAAUUGACGAUGAUAGGCCUGCUGGAUCCGAUAAUUGAUAAAGCCAGGGGAUUGAUUGGUUCUCAGCAGGACGCCGUGGCUAGCCUCUGCACCGGGACAAAGCACAUCUAUGUGGUGGGUGGGGGGGCAUGCAUCCCCUAUGUUCCCGAUGCGAUCAGGUGGCAUUUCCAGGGGCCCGGAAUGAUAGUAACCGUUCCUCAUAGCCCGCACUUGACCGUUGUACAAGGUGCGGCAAUGUAUUCCAGCCGCGAGGCCUAUUUGUCGGUCCAUCGGUGCCUGCAGCACGUGGGCUUUUCGUGCACAAAACAGUACGAUGACACCAGGGAUGGACAAGCUGAUCCUCGGGUUGCGAAUGUUCGCCAUGACCCUUUCAGGGGAGAGGUUACAAGUGAUGGGGUAGCCACUUGGGUUUUAGAAAAGGCAAGUCAUCAAUUGAUUGGGUGUUUUCUUCCUCUACUACCCCUGCUAACAAGGAGACUCAUGAAGGAGGGGCUGUAUGAUGACGGUUAUACAAACGAACAGGCAUUUUUCGCGGAUCUAAAGGCCUCUGGAGACACUCUAAAGCGGUCCCAUGCGGUUUAUAAAUGUAGAUCCGCAGUGGCACCGCAGAGGGUUGACCAUAAUUCUGCCGUUCACUACUGCUCGAUUGAACUCGAUUUCACCCCACUCCGCCUGUGGACUCUUCCAACUUUUUGGAGGGACGGAGCGCUGAUGUACCGGGUUCGGUAUGUCAUUGAGACGACGGUUUUUGCAAGCCUGAACGAAAUUAAGUUCACUGCAACCGCUUUUGACUGCAAGUUGGGGACAAGGACUGUAGUGUUGCCGGCUCCGUGA